AUGACUAGAUCUGGCAGAUGUUAUACUCCCGACGAGCUUGCUCUCGGAGGACAAAAGAAAGAUCAUGCCAAGAGACCGAUCAGCGAAGCAGAAGCUGAGGAGUUCUGGAGGAGAAUGCAACCCAAAGACUACUCCAUUGUCAAGCACUUGGAGAAGACUCCAGCCCAGAUUUCUGUGUGGGCCCUAUUGAUGAGCUCCUGGUCACACAGACAGGCUUUGAUGAAAGCCUUGGAUGACACGUAUGUGCCCUCAGGUACGAGCAGCGACAAUGUAGCUGCUAUUAUUCACCGAGUCAUUCAGGGACACCGCAUCAGCUUCUGCGAUGAUGAAUUGCCGGCCGAAGGGAGGGCCCACAACAAAGCUCUACACAUCACCGUGGUAUGCCGCGGAAAAAUCGUCAACCGUGUUUUGGUAGACGACGGAUCUGGCCUGAACAUAUGCCCCUUGUCCACACUGAAGCAGCUGAGGUUUGACCUCGGAAAGUUGGAGCAAAACCAGGUCAAUGUGAGAGCAUUCAACGGUGUGCAGAGAGACACGUUGGGAGCUGUGAACCUGACCAUCCAAAUGGGCCCCGCGGAGUUCGAGGCAAAAUUCCAGGUGUUGGAUAUCGACACCAGCUAUAACCUCCUUUUGGGAAGGCCAUUCAUUCACCUGGAUGGAGCCGUCCCCUCCACUCUCCACCAAAUGAUGAAACUGGUGUGGAAAAAUGAAGAACUGGUUAUCCAUGGUGAAAAGGGCCACUCGGGAAAGCAGGUGCCGGUCUUGGACGAGACGCCGCAAGGUUCGGACUUCUACACAGUGGAGUUGGUAAACACCACCGAUGAGGGCUUGGCCCCGCAGACUCCCAUGCCGGCCGUGUACAGAAUGAUUGCCACGGUAAUGCUGCAGAGCGGAUUCGAACCAGGUUUCGGAUUAGGAAGGAAUGCCCAAGGGAUCAUCGAGCCAGUUCCGGUCCUUGCUACAGGAUCAAAGUAUGGUUUGGGGUACAUCCCCACAGAUGAUGAUAUGAAGAUGAAGAGGAGAAGGGAUCAAGAGUUGACUAAACCGAUCCCACAUCUCUAUCAAUCCUUUCCAGUCCGGGAGCAUGCUGAGCCCGAAGACAAUGGGGAAGGAAUCUGUGACCUUUUCGAGGAGAUUCACGCUGUUAUCGAGGAGGAGGUCGAGCCAGCUGGCAUUCGUGAUGCGGAACCAGAGGAGAUGCUGCAGAAUUGGACUUCCACGCCAAUCUUGAUGUCCCGGACUCUUUGUAACGUAAGUUACAAACCUGCCAAUGUCAUGUCAUGUCAUGAGUUAAACGAGCAAAAUGAGGCAAAUGACGAUGAGGUUGACGACUAUGAAGAAAGUGGGGAACCGGAUUAUGUGGCAGAAGAAUUUCGACAGUUCGAGAAUCAACAUAAACCGAAUCUGGAAGAAACAGAGACGGUGAAUUUGGGAGAUUCAGAAUGUGUCAAAGAGGUCGAUGACAUGCAGGGGUUGAGUACUAAUGUCGUAUCUCAUAAGCUGCCUAUCAACCCAGGGUUCGAGCCGGUGAAACAAAAGACUCGGAAAUUCAAGCCUGAUUUGAGUUUGAAGAUUAAGGAGGAAAUCACCAAGCAGAUAGAGUCUCGAUUGGUAGAAGUAACGCAGUAUCCCACCUGGUUGGCAAAUGUUGUUCCGGUCGCCAAGAAAGAUGGAAAAAUCAGGAUUUGUGUUGAUUACAGAGAUCUCAACAAGGCUAGUCCAAAGGAUAAUUUUCCGUUGCCUAACAUCCACAUUCUGAUUGACAACUGUGCCAAACAUGAGAUGCAGUCAUUUGUGGAUUGUUAUGCAGGGUAUCACCAGAUUCUGAUGGAUGAAGAAGACGCGGAAAAAACGGCAUUCAUCACACCUUGGGGUGUGUAUCACUACAGGGUAAUGCCGUUCGGCCUGAAGAACGCCGGUGCUACUUACAUGAGAGCCAUGACGACCAUCUUUCACGACAUGAUCCACAAGGAAAUUGAAGUAUACGUGGACGACGUCAUAAUCAAAUACCGCGAGAGUUCGGAUCAUUUGACACACCUGAGAAAAUUCUUUGAACGUUUGCGUCGGUACAACUUGAAGCUAAAUCCCGCCAAAUGUGCUUUUGGAGUCCCAGCUGGGAAGUUGUUGGGGUUUAUAGUCAGCAGAAGAGGUAUUGAGCUUGACCCCUCGAAGAUAAAGCAAUUCAAGAGUUGCCUCCACCGAAGACAAGAAAAGAGGUGA